AGCAGGACUGUGGUGUUCAGUUCGCUGCAGCUCCGCCGACUGGAGAGAUGUGACCCCGGAACAGGACGUUCUCCUGCUACAACACACCAUUCAAACACAGCACAGAAGAAAGAAAAGCUGGACCAGGAGGGAGCCACAGGAGAAGGGGGGAUGAACCGCGAAGAGGCCCCGGGGAAGUCUCCUGAAGACAUGUACAUCCAACAGAAAGUGCGGGUCCUGCUCAUGCUGAAGAAAAUGGGAUCAAAUCUUACACCAAGUGAAGAGGCUUUUCUCCACAAUUAUGCAGGCGUGGUCCACAGUCAAAUGAGCCAACUACCACAGCACAACAUAGACCAGGGUGCAGAGGACGUGGUGAUGGCAUUCUCACGGUCAGAAACAGAAGAUCGACGACAGUGACCCUGGGCCAACUACGUCCCGCCCCUCCUUGUCCUGUCCCACAUGUGAACCACAACAUGCCAAACACCCUCCCAAAAAAAACCACAACACUGAGCUCAGGAGAGGAGGGGCGCCUGGAACAGACUGAAGAGGACGGGAAGAGACACCAGAAGGUUGCUCCUUGCUCUCUCUCUCCCCCUCCAGCCUUUUCCUUCACUCCUCUUCACACAAGCUGGCACAAUAUGACCUGAGACACUCUCAGGUGGGUCACUGUGGGUCCACGCCUUGGUGACAGGACAGCCAAUAGAAAUGCUCACAAAUAGUGUGGAUGAAUGUGGAGCGUAGGAGUUUUUAUGGCACAGGGUUACGUUUAUUUUUUGUUCUUUGUGUUGAGAAUUUCAACAGUGUUAUGUGCCACGUGUCCUGCGACCGUUUGGAGGAGUCGACCAGUGAGCCACAGAGACCAGUUUAAUUGGAUCAGGCAGUGAUUGACAGAGUUGAAAGGAAAGAUUUUAGUGCUUCUGCUUACCUUAACGGGUAUGUUUUUUGUUACUGUUGUUGUUAAUAGUUGUGUUUUAAAGGCUUUUCGAUUCUGUUUUUACAAGGGGCCUCUUUUAUAAAAGCUGAUGCGUCUGCCACAGAUUUCCGGGACACGCCCGCAUGACGAGUGGAACUCUGUGAUGGCAAAGUUGGAAAAAUCAAACCAAAUCUUCUAAAUACACUUUUGCAAUCACAUCAUACCCAUUUUUUAACCUUUUGGUUUGGAUUAUCUGUGAAUUAGUUGGUGUGCUGAUGGUGACGUAGCUGAGGCGCUCUGACCGCCAUCUUGUUUUGUGUUUAGAACACGGAACAACAACAUUAUAAUCAAUUUUGAUAUUUUCACAUACAAAAUUUUGUUUAAAACUGUUAUGUUUUCAGCAUUUUUAAGCCACAAGCAGGGUUUUUUAUUUUUAUUUUUUAGAUACACAAAUAGAAGAAUGGCAUUGUGAUGUGCAGCAUGUGAGGCCUGUUGUUCAUGUUAACGAGCCGAAUGAGGCUCGUGAACGUAUUGUUGUUUUAUAAAGGGAAAAUUGUGCUAAGUUUUGGGGGAAUUUUAUUUUUCUUUAAUAAAUCUGAUCCUUUAUUUUCCCCGUGUCCCCGUGAGGAAUCCACACGCUUUUCUAAAGGAGGCCCCUUGUGUUGUUCUGCUGCUUUAUUUUGAACCACAGGCUGUUUGAGAGCGUGAACCGUUUCUCUCAGGUGGGAUGUUUAAGAAGUUAAAAACACUAUCAAAACACGAAACACCUUCCAACCCCAUCCACAUACAGGAUUAUAGCUGCAAUGAAAGUUUUGUUGUUUUGUACAUAUCGAUGGGGAAAACACAACAAUGAAUUGAUUGUGCCAAUUUCAUUUUUUUUUUCAUCUGUAAGAUCAAAUCUUGCUUCAGCAAACUGGCGGGAGACGAGCUGUAGUUGUAAUUUAUUAUUUACUGACUCAAGUCUUUGUUCGUGCCGUUCGUCAGUGACCAUGACGCCUGAUCGGCGGCAGCGGUGGUGGCGGCUUGUUCACACUAAACUGUACGAACUCUAAUUUUAAACUACCUGUAAGUGAACACAUGAAGCCAAACAUGAGAACCGUGUGCUACUUGUGACUGUACUGUAUCUCUUGCACUAUUAUCAGUAUGGGAUAUCUGCAAAAAUACAUUUUGAUAUUUAACAGAUUCAGUGUUUGGUUUUGUUUUCCCUUCUAUUUAAAAAAAAAUUGAUCUGUUAAUCCACUCAACUGGAAUAGCUCAAAUAAAUCUUGUUAACAGCCAAUGUGUUUUCUAAUAACAUGCUCAAUAUUUAAUGUGUUUUAAGUACACUUUGUAAACUUGUAUAACUUAAAUAAUUGUAAUGUUUUGAAGCAUGUCUGCCUUGUGGUUUAUAAUGUUCAUUGAAGUUGAGCUGAUGGUCUUUAAAGCCACAAUGACCUUUUGUUUGUACAUUUUUGACGUUUGUGGAGGCUACUAUCUCUUAUAAAAGUUUCAGAAGAAGAAAAAAAAACAUUUUGUAUGGAUAAAUGUUAUCCAU